GGCAGGGUAACCGAAGAAAAGUACUACAGAGAUACAUCAAUGGACGUUCGUGCAACUUUGCCACUAUAAAAUCAGACAUCACUAUAAGCAAUACUUUUUGAUGUUUUAUGUUAAGUCAUCUUAUGUUUUAGACGUGCGUUUCAAGAGUGUCUGCAAAGGACUUACCUAUUAAAAAGAGUACAGCAUGACAAGGUGUUUUUAUUGCCAUAAACAUAAUGACAUCGAUGGCAAAUCCAUGUGAUAUUGCGGCAGAUCUCGAAAAAUAUAUGGUGAAAGAGGCACCUCCAACUGUCUAUUAUAUUCCUAACUUUAUCACGGAGGGUGAAGAGGAGAGUCUGCUGCAACAGGUAUACAGAGCUCCCAAACCCAAAUGGACGCAGUUAUCAGGACGGAGGCUCCAGAAUUGGGGUGGAUUGCCGAAUCCCAAAGGAAUGCUUGCUGAGAAACUCCCUGAUUGGCUACUGACUUACACAGAGAAAAUAUCUAUGCUUGGAGCAUUUUCAGGAAAAACAGCCAAUCAUGUUCUUAUAAAUGAAUACAAGCCCGGAGAGGGUAUCAUGGCUCAUGAAGAUGGACCAUUGUAUCACCCCACAGUGACAACUAUCACUCUAGGCUCUCAUACACUUCUGGAUUUCUACAGGCCUGUUUGUCAGAAUCAGAGUGAAAUUCCUCAAACAGAAGAGAGCCGAUACAUGUUGUCACUGUUGGUACAGCGGCGAAGUUUAUUGAUUCUUCAGGAUGACAUGUACAAACACUACCUGCAUGGUAUUCGAGGAGUUUAUGAAGAUAUUUUGUCGGAGCAUGUGGUAAAUCUUUCCUCAGCGGGGACUCAGGUUGGAGACACGCUGCCCCGGAGCACCAGAGUUUCUCUUACCAUUCGUCACGUUCCCAAAGUCAUCCGGGCCAAUUUGUUGCUUGGAAAGAAGUGAGAAACUCAAGGGCUUGCCUGAACUGUAAACAAGGCAAACAGGUUAUACCUGUGAAAACUCCCAAAGUGUGUAAUUGCCACAAACAGAUGUGUCUACCAUACAAGUGGAGGGUUUUAUUUUGCACACUGAAGAAUUACAUUAAAGCAGUAGUCACCAACACUGUUCCUG